UUUUGAUGAAAUGGCUAAAUAUGACCUCCCUGCUUCAAUAAACUUUGUCUUGAACAAAACUGGCCAGGAGAAACUCUUCUACGUUGGCCAUUCUCAAGGCACCAUCAUAGGUUUCAUAGCGUUUUCAGCUUUUCCAGAGUUGGCAAAAAAGAUACACAUGUUUUUGGGAUUGGCCCCUGUUAUGACUGCGUCAUUUUCAACCAGCGGUUUGGCCAAACUUGGACAGCUUCCUGAAUUUCUACUUAAAGUACGUGUUUUGUUUGAAAUAUUUGCUUGAACCGCAAAGUGUGGA